AAGUCAAGCGGCUGACGUCCGCCGACGACGCAGCGCUGUUCCAGGAAGCUCCCGCGGCUGUAGGGCACCAAACCACACACGGACUGGCGCUCCGAAAUCGCUUUCGCGCACUUUAAAAAGGGCAAUUUAACUUUCAGUAAUAACACACAACGACGACAACAACAACAACAACACGCCACGAGCCCAGCAAAGUCGAGCCAACAAGCCCCAAGAUGCCUUCGCUCGCUCGCGUGAUGCUGCUUUGCUUUACGGUGGCCGCCUUCGCCCCGGACUUGACGCAGCAGCAGCAGCAGCUGGAUGAUGACGAGGAGCUGCAGGACGACCCCAUCGAGCUGCAGCCGCAGCAGCCGCAGCAGCUGCUUGGAGGCGUCCUGUCCAUCGGGGUGGACAACACCGAGAUGAAGAUGCUGCUGGACAAGGCGGUGGCGAAGCUGAACGCCGAGAGCGACGGCGCCACGUGGGAGACUGUGGACGAGAUCCUGGCGGCGGAGCGGCAGGUUAUCAACGGAAUCCGCUAUGCGGUCAAAGUCCAGCUGAGAGAAACAAAAUGCCCCAAAUCUGAAGCCCUGGAAAUCUGCGAGACCUCCACUGACACCAACAUCGGAAAGACCUCCAUCUGUAUUGUGGAAAUGGUUGACCGACCAUGGGAGCCGGAACUGGAAGUUCAGAAGAUGUGUAAUUUAGACAACAUUAAUUAACUUGCAUUCUGUAGGCAUCAUGACUUCAUGAGCCAUACACCACCGCACAGGCUAUGCUAAUCAUAUGCUUUAUAUUCCAAUUGCGAUUUUUGAACAUUUCGGACCAUUACCCCGACAAAAUUACAAUACAUUUAAGGGUCUUAUCAGUAAUCAUUAAAAUUUGAUUCACUUUUAAAUUAAACUUUGAUUCUUAAACAUGUUUGUUAUUUUAAGUGGUAUGAUAACUUUGGAUGUGGGGAUGCCUUCAGCAGUGCAUUGCUCAUGGCUGAUGAUGCUGCUGACUGAUACGCCACUAUAUCGUGCAUAGUGGCAGCAAUUCGAUCAAAAUAUAAAUAUUGGUUUUAAUUGUGCUGUACUUAUUGUAUCCUGUAAAGUUUUGCGUAAUCAUACUUCAUCCAGAACGGGGACGCCUUCUUCCAGAAGCGAACUGACAACUGGGCUGUAAAAUAAAAAAUCUUGCCCAAAACAUAACACCAGAGGCGUUUGGACAGUACCGUGUCUACAGUAUUUGGUGCAAAUACCAAAUGUAUUCAAUAUUGUGGAGUAUGUGGGAUCUUCAAUGGCUGUCGGGGCCAUAUGAACCAAUUACAAAAUGUCUUUACAACCCGUUGUUAAUCCACUGCUGGAUGAAUGCCUCAUGGCAUAUUAGUCUUGGGGGCUGCUUGAAAAUUGAAAAUAUUGUAACUAUAAAUGCAAGAAUGUACUUAAAAAGGCAUUUUUCCACUUAACUUGAUUGUCCUGUCGGCAUCAUGUCAUAAGAUGAAGUGUCCUUGUGGCUUUCUCGCAGAGCAUCGCACCCCAUAUUGUUUUAAAACAUCCCAUGGAAUUGGAUAUAGAGCUAUCUUUGAGACCCCUUCGUUUGAACUGAUCCAGAGUAGAGCUCUUUCUCACCACUCUCCCAUACGAGAAUAAUGUUUAUCACGACAGUCAAGCCGGUAUAUUCUACAGUAUUUCAAUUCUAUUCUCAGAUCUAGAAUUUAUACAAAUUAAGUGCAAACCCAAGUUUGAUUUGAUCGCUUUUUUGCAUGUGCAGUUAUUGGUGACCGGCAUCGCUUAAGUUCUCAAUAUUUCUGGGUCUCUACUAAGCGUGUGAGGAGUACUGCUGGAGGUAUACUGGAUGUGGUGUGCUGAUUGCAGAAUAUCCGAGUUACUGACUUGGACAAACCGCAGUGACCAGGUUGAGACUGACCGGAUUCGAUCCCAGGAUCUUGGCGGCAUCAUCUCAGUACUUGGACAUGAGCCACCCUGCCACAUCAGAAUGUGAUUUCAUUUAUCAAUGUGUACAUGGCUAAACCAUCCAUCACGAGGUUGCUUAUUUACAGACUUUGUGAUUUUCUUGUCUCUAUUUUUGUUGGCUUUGUGUUAUUUUGGUUUUGCUAAAGAAUACUGCCAGUGACACUCCACACAAACAAAUGUAAGCAUUUAUGACAAUGUGUGCAGACUCAGACACUGUGGUUUUACUUUGCGAUUGAUUUACCUGCAACAUCCUUCUCUGGUUAUACAUUACUCUUCUCGAUAUUUCUUCAUUUUCUAAUUUAAUCUACUGCAAUAAAGCUAAUGCUCACAA